AUGCGAUGCGCGAGCAAGGCCGCCGAGAGCGCGUCCGCACGUCUCUGUGCGGACGCCAAAGCAGAAACCGCAGCAACAGAUGUCUCAUCGGUUGCUGAAGCGACUCAGCCUGUGUCACCUGGUGAUGCAGGCGCUCGUCAUGAAGACACUCAUGUUCACAGAGAGUAUGAGCUCGGUGUCUCAUACUCUCCUGAUACGGAAGACGGAUCCGUAUCGACGGCGAUCGAAUCCAAUCCGCCUGCCAAGCGUGGCAUGGAUGAUGCUACGCGUCGCAGCAUCUUUGGUUCAUCUGAUGAAACAGAUGAACCAUCGCUGAAGCGAAGGCGCUCGAGGUCGCGAGACUCGGGCGCUAACAGUGGUGUCGGUUCUCCUAUGGACACCACUACGCAAAGAGGCGCCAGUACUUCUGUCGGCACGUCGCAGGAAGAGCGGGACCGCAGUGUGUUGCGUCUCGCUCCCGAGAAGAAGGCAUGGAUGCCUCCCAAAUCCGUCAUGGAUCACUUGUCGGCGACGACGAGUGAUCGUUAUCGAGCACGAUUGUUCGAUUCGUCAAGGAUCCAUCACCUUGACCCCAGCGCGAAAAACUAUCGCGCUGAAAACGAUUUCUUCAUCGAUGCUUUCUUUAAACAUCGAUGGUACAGUGGGAAUCACAAGCGUGAUGGUCCCUCACUGCUUCAAGCGUGGAACGCCUACAUCCAUAACCUUGAGGAUGUAGGUCGUGAAGCUUGGAAUGACAAACUUAUCAAAGCUCGUGAUAAGUUUGAAAAGCGAACCCCGACAGGUGCACGCUACAAGCUGCAUCGUCUGUCAAGGGAGAAAGGAUUACCCUGCCUCUCUUGGGGAGACUCGUGCCCGUGUUGUGUGAACAACUCUGCACGAGCACCUAAGGAGGCUUACCUCCUUACUAGCCCGUGGUGGCGCGUACGUAUCUCCAGUGAGAUGUACGAAGGGAUUGACAACUUGAAAUCCCUUUACGACCGUGCCGGGAAGACUUUCUCCGGCGGUCCUUCUGCGACACAGGAUGUGCCGUGUCGUACUGCUCAACCAGACCCAGUACGUCAAUCAUCAGUUGGGAGCGGGACUGCCAAGUAUCCCAGGACGCGGGAUAACCGCGCCACCGGACGAGGUAACUCGUCCGACGUCCGUUCACGUCGCGGUGGUUCAACAGCUGCUCAACCAAUAGCGCUGGCCACCGCGAGAGUCCUCUAA